UGUAACUGAUCUCCUUCAAAUUCUUUGUCUCUUAAUUUUCUGAUUAGAAGGAUAAUUAUUUGUUACAUAUUAAAAUUGAUUAUAGCUUGCUAGAUCAAUUUGCUUGCUUCACCUAAGAAGUUCGAUGAAAUGUUACUGACAAAUAUUUCUUCCACUUCAUGAACUUUGAAAAUUUGUUUAAUAAUCUUCUGCAGUGCUCCAGAUGGCUUGGUUGUCAAUAAUCGUAUCAGUAGGUGUGACCUGGGUGGCUUCACUGUACAAAAUUCUGAAUUCGUCACGUUCACAAUCCAAUUCUGUAUUUUCGAGGACAGGUGACAAGAGAAAUGUAUUGCUUGUUAUUGCCCACCCAGAUGAUGAAUCUAUGUUUUUCUCCCCAACAAUCAAUUACAUGACUUCAAGGGCACAUAAUGUGUUCAUAUUAUGUAUGUCAACAGGUAAUGCAGAUGGGAUGGGGAACAUCAGAAAAGAUGAACUGUAUCGGGCUUGUGCAGUUUUCAAGGUUCCACCAGAACAUGUGAAGAUCCUUGAUCAGGUAGAUUUCCAGGAUGGUUUUGGCAAAGUGUGGAAUCAUAACUUGCUAGCCAAGAUUGUUGAAGAGGAAGUUAUUACUCAUGCAAUUGACUUGAUAAUCACUUUUGAUAACUACGGUGUUUCGGGCCACUGUAAUCACCGCGAUGUUCAUCAUGGUAUAUGCAACUUCUUGACUGAAACUUCCCGUGGCAAUACUGAGGCAUGGGAACUUAUUAGCACUAACAUAUUUCGCAAGUAUAGUGGACCUCUUGACAUCUGGCUGUCCAUCUUGUCAUCUGCAAUGCAUUAUCCCAGAGGAAAGUUUCAGUGCUUACUAAAUGAGCAUCCUGGUAAAAGCUUUCUGGCAAUGUCAGAACACCGUAGCCAAUGGGUUUGGUUUCGGAAGCUUUUUGUAUCAUUUUCCAGUUAUUCAUAUGUAAACACCCUCAGAAGGAUUAACAAUUAGCUAAAUUUUUGUGUUGCACAAUGACUGAGACACAAAAUAUAACAGGUGUUUUAAUGUCUUUUUCUGUAUCAGUAUUCCGUCUUUUUCUGUGCAACUUCCUCAUUGAUGUAUUUCUUCAAAUAUUAAGGGCAGGAAUGCCGGUCUAUACCUUUUUGGAA